UCUAUGAAUCAGUUCACAUCAUUAUACAUGUGAACUUAAUGUGUAGUUUUAUAAUUAUUGUGUUAAGAUAUCAUGUCCGAAUACUAAAAUAACAAUUUUAUCGUUUAUAUACUAUAUAUUUAAAUUAAAAUAAAAUAAAAUAUAGCAUGGCUACUAUAUCCUCAGCGCCAGCUCCAGGCAUGCAACAGAUCGAUUUAUCUAAGUUGAAUCUUCCUCAGUUGGCUCAAUUGAAACAGCAACUGGAUCAAGAGCUAAAUGUUUUCCAAGAUUCUUUGCAAACAUUGAAGAUGGCUCAAGGUAAAUUUGUAGAGUCUGGUGAAAGUGUGGACAAAAUAACACCAGAGACUAAAGGGAAAACCAUUUUAGUUCCACUUACAGAGUCUAUGUAUGUUCCUGGAACUAUAGCCGAUGCUGAAAAUGUCAUUAUAGAUAUUGGCACUGGGUAUUAUGCACAGAAAGAUAUUGAUGGUGCGAGAGAUUAUUUUAAAAGAAAGGUUCAGUUUGUAACAGAACAGAUGGAGAAAAUUCAAAUGAUGGGUAUAGAAAAAUCUAAAGCAAGAGAAGCAAUCUGUAUGAUUAUGGAAAUGAAGAUACAAGCACAGGCACAGGCACAAGCACAAGCACAGGGACAAUCACAAUCGCAGAAAGCUACUAGGUCAUAACAUUAGAUUAUCCUAAUGUAUUUCCUAGCUACUGAAUGAAUAUUCAAGCUGAAUUCAUAUAAAUAACAGUCUUUAUGUUUAAAGAAUUUCUAUAAUUAAAAAAUACCAUUUUUAUAUUUUGAAUUUACGAAAAUCAGUUGUAUUUAGCUAACUUACCUUAAUACUAAUUUUGAAAUUUUGAGUCACUUUAAAAAUGUGUCUCAGCUUCUCAUAUCUUAUUUUAAAUUAUAAGAUAUUGUAAUUUAAUAUUAGUUUGCAUUAAUAAAUUUAUUAACA